GGAACGUAGAAGAAGAGACGAUAGCAGGUCGCAGCCGGGUGACGCACAAAGCCUGUACAGUGUGGCAGAUGUGAUGGGGAAACUGGCUUAAUUUUCAUAAAUGUCAGUUUUACUUAACUAGACGCUGCCAUUAUAUCCAGACCUAGAAACGCUGCAUUUAUUUGUACGUAGCGAGUAACGUUUCAGAUCCAAAAUGGACGCUAACAGAAGAUAAACCUGCAGGACAUCAGCAGUUAACACUUUUUGGUCUCUUCGUUUCAAACAAAUAUCCACCGUAAUGGCAUCAGAGGAUGAAAUCAAUCUGCUGGUCAUCGUCGUGGAUGUAAAUCCGAUAUGGUGGGGGCAGCAAGCCCAACGUGAGACAGAGCUCACCCUGUCCAAGUGUCUGGAUGCAGUGAUGGUGAUGGGGAACUCCCACAUGGCCAUGGCCAGGACCAACAAGCUGGCUGUCAUCGCCAGCCACUGUCAAGACAGUCAUUUCCUGUAUCCCAGUAAGAGCUGGAGAGGCGGGGACAGCGGUGGUGAUGAUGCAUCCUCCAGUGGCGAUGGAAAAUAUGAACUCUUGUCAGUCGCCAAUAACCUCAUCGCUGAAGAGAUCAGGAAUCUUAUGUCAAAAACUGAAGUGAGGGGAAAUUCAACCGAUACUUUGUUGGCUGGAUCGCUUGCCAAAGCUCUCUGCUAUAUUCACAGAGUCUCAAAAGACCUUGACGUUGGACAGGACUUGAAAUCCAGAAUAUUGGUGAUAAAAGCAGCGGACGACUGCGCCCUACAGUACAUGAACUUCAUGAAUGUCAUUUUCGCUGCCCAGAAGCAGAAUAUCCUGAUAGAUGCCUGUGUGUUGGACUCGGACUCAGGCCUCCUGCAGCAGGCUUGUGAUAUAACUGGAGGACUGUACCUCAAGAUACCACAGAAAGUUGCUCUGGCCCAAUACCUUCUGUGGGUGUUCCUGCCCGACUCUGAGCAGCGCUCACAGCUGGUACUGCCGCCGCCUGCACAUGUGGACUAUAGAGCUGCGUGUUUCUGCCACCGUAAUCUGAUCGAGAUCGGCUACGUGUGCUCAGUUUGUCUGUCAAUAUUCUGCAACUUCAGUCCCAUCUGCACGACAUGCGAGACUGCCUUCAAAAUCCAGCUACCACAGAUAGUCAAGCCCAAAAAGAAGAAACUCAAGCAACCUAUGUGAUUUUUGCUCAGAUUACACUAAUUUGUUGAAUUUAGUUUCCUUUUUUGAUAUUCAGAUUGUACCAUUUUGUUUGAGUCAAGCUUGAGUGUCAUCCUAGACAUGUCUUUGAGGCAGUGGGGCCAUAUGAACAUGUUGUUGACUAAUACUGUCUUUACAUGUACAUGGAAGCUGAUGCUUAACUUGAUGUCCUCAAAAUAAUAUAAUACUUGAUAAUUCCAGUUUCAUCUCAGGAGUUUCAAGUUCACCCCACCCCAAAAUAUUUCUAAUUUGUAGAAACAAUUGUUUUCCAGACAAACAUCUAAAACACACUCAAACAUCUGGCCUACGUUUGUGACAUAUGCUUAAUUAUUUUGUUCACAUUUACUUAAAAAAAACUGGCAGACAGCUUCAAGUUGUUCAGGAUGUUGGGUAAAGAUAUUUCACUCAGCCUUUGUGUAAAUAGAGUUACUGCUUUUGAAAAACAAAGUUGGUAUUUUUUUGAUGUGCAUUUUUAUAUAAUAAAAAACACUUUGUUCUUAAAAAUGUUUGUCACACAGCUUU